AUUAAAAUUGUGUGUCCAACAAUGUCAUAUUUUAUAAAGUCAUACCAUAUCUCACAGCUCGAAACCGAUCUCCUUAUCAUUCUAUUCCAUAUAUGGAUCAUUUGAUUAGAAGAAGCAUAAACACAAAAUUGAUGAUAAUGAAUGCUUGAAUAGUGAUAAAAUGUACUCUUUGUAAGGUCACAAUAGCACGGAGACAAAAGUGUAGCUUAGAAUGACUCUUUCCUUUCUUGAUUUAAAAGCAAAUUGUUGUUUAUAUCAACUCUCUUGCCACUGUCUUCUUGAUGCUUCCUAAAUCCACCCCUGCACAAACACUGAGUAAAAUUGAAAACAAAGAUAAAAGUUAUCAGUUGCUUAUAAAGUCUCAAACAGAUAUGAAGUUCGUAAUAUUUCUACUUUGUGCCUUGUUCAUUAAUAUUGAUGGACUUAAAAUUUUUGGUAUUUUGCCAUUUGCGAGUAAAUCACAUUGGCUUGUUGGUCAUGAAAUAAUUAAAUCAUUAGUUGAUGCGGGUCAUGAAGCUACUGUUCUUACAGCAUAUCCACAAAAAGAUAAAAUUAGAAAUUAUGAAGAAAUUGAUGUUUCUUUUAUAGUUGAUCACUUUGAGAAAUAUGAAAAGUUCAGCCCUUUUGAUAUGGCAAAAAUGCCAAAACUUCUCGAGAUUCCAAUACUUCAUAAUUUCGGUAAUGCACUGGUGGAGUUGGUAAUGGAAAAUCAAGAUGUUCGAAAUUUUAUAAAAACAAGGGAAAAGUUUGAUGUUUGCUUCUUGGAAACCUUUCAUGGUAAUGCACUGUCGGGAAUCUUCGAUCACUUUGACUGCAUUUAUGUGCCAUACACAAGUUCAUCAGUCUUACAAUGGGCCGACGUUAUGACAUCCAAUUUGUCACCAUCGUCUUAUGUCGUCACUCCAAUACUUCCAUAUGCGGGUAAAUUGAAUUUUGCCGAAAGAUUUUGGAACACGCUUUACAUCCAAAUUGAAAAUGUUUUUUACUACACUUAUCAUCUGCCAAGUCAGCGUGCAUUGUAUAACAAAUAUUUCCCAAAUGCUAGAAGAACUUUCGAUGAGAUGAUUAAUGGAGUUCCUUUGAUAUUUUUGAGUAGUCACAAUAGUGUCACUGGUGGUCGACCAAACUUACCGAAUAUGAUUGAAAUUGGAGGAAUUCACAUACCUAAGAAGAAGGAAUUGCCAAAAAAUAUUCAAGAAUUUCUUGAUUCAGCUGUUGACGGUGCUGUUGUCUUUACAAUGGGAUCAAUUGUCAAGGCUGAAGAGUUUCCAGAGCAUAUCCGUGUAGCUUUUACAAAUGCUCUUGGGAAAAUCAAGCAGAAGGUUUUGUGGAAGUAUGAGAAUGAGACUUUGCCUAACAAGCCUGACAACAUGAUGAUAAGUCCAUGGAUUCCACAACGUGAUAUCCUUACCCAUCCAAAUGUGAAGUUGUUCAUCAGUCAUGGAGGUUAUUUAGGUACAACAGAAGCAACCCAAGAAGGUGUACCGAUAUUGGGACUUCCUAUGUAUGGAGAUCAAGGACGAAACAUAGCAGAGAUAGCAUACCAAGAAAGAGGAUUAUUGCUCAACAUUGAUGACAUUACAGAAGAAACCAUCCUCAAGUCUCUAACGGAACUUCUCAAUAAUCCAAAGUACAAACAAAAUGCCGAAGAAGUAGCAAAAAGAUUCAGCGAUCGAGUAAUGACUCCGCAGCAACAAGUUGUCUUUUGGACAGAAUACAUCGCGAGACAUAAUGGUGCUCCAUUCUUAAAAUCAGCUGGAUGUGACCUAAGUGCAAUUCAAUUUUAUUCACUUGAUGUUUAUGGAUUGAUGCUUGCCAUUCUACUUGUAGUUUUCUACAUUCAAAUUAAGAUUUUAAAAUUGAUUUUUAAUAAGUUGACAGGAAGGUCUGGAAAAAAAUUGAAAAAAAAUUAAGGCUUAAGGUUAAAAGCAAUAGAUUCAAAAUAAUAAAAUAAUAAAGUCAAUUUAAAGUUAAAUUGAUCA